GAAAAGUGAGGGCUGGGGAGAAACAAGCAGAGAAUGGGAAACAAUAACUCCUAACUGUUCUCUAUCAAUAUAACCAGAGAUGUGAUAUGAUGACUACCAACAGUGAAUAGGAAGCUAUCCCUAGAAGUAAACUGAAUUAUUUUGCAAUUGGAAGAGAAAAAAACAAACAAACAACAACAAAAACCCUUCAGAUAAAGUGAGAUGUUUACUGCAUUUAGAGGGCUGGAUGAAUUCACUGGCUUGCUUCCUCCUGGGUAUAUUUUCAUUUGCAUCAAGACAUUAAGCUUGGAUGAGUUUUUAACAGAAAUAACAUUUGUAUUCCCCAAACCCAAUAAAACCUUGGGUUAAUCCACAGGUAUAUCUCUUGUACCGGGUUCAGUAUGGAGAGACUCUUAGGGAGGAAACAUAUCUUGAUAGAAACAGCCACAGUAAUGGGGUGAGAUUAGUGGAGAAACAAAAUACCAGCAUUUCCCAAAGAAUCCCGCCUCCACUCCCAAAAAAAGGGAGGGGGGGGGACUCCAGUACUUAGGAGUUGGAGAUUUAUUAUACAUUUACAGUGUCUCCUGCCUGCUUUUACCCAAAGUCUGAUGAUCCAAGGAGCCAUCACAGAACCGGGUGUAAUGCCACAUUCCAGCUAGCACCAUUCCCUGCCUACCUUUCUUCUGAAAAACGGAGGAGAGCGAUGCCCAGGAGCUUCUUAGAAAGAAGAAGGGGCUUUGCUACAGUCAGGGCUGAGCUAACUAAGCUUCGCCCAUUUUGCCUGGAGAAAAAGAGAAAGAGCUCAAGUCUCCAUGGCGACCCAGGUGGGAGGGGAGAAGGCAGCUCCAGUUACAAAUAAACGUUGUACAAAACUUUCCCAGAUCCAAGCAAAGAAAUAAGGGAGCUGCGUCCCCUGAGGAGGGUCCCAGGGCAUAGGCUUUGCCCAGAUUCCUGCCGGCGACCGGCGAGGGGGUGCCUAGGACUGGCCAGUCCCCAUCAGACCUCCCAAAGUUGCCCAGGAGCUGCUGAGAUUGUUGGACAGCGGGUUUCGGAUUCAGCACCAAGGCCAGAGCACAGGCGCCCGCAUUCCCACCCCGGACGGCUACCCCAGCGAACACUAUUAAGUUCCUUUGGUCGCGGGAAGUCAAUCGCUUUCUAUAAAGGAACGAUUCCCUUGCCAGUGCAGAAUCUGGAUAUAUGAUUAUGCACGGAAUUGCGUGGGACAGAGAAGCUUGCAAAUCACCCAUUUCACGCAUGGCGGUGCAUCACAAUAGCUAUUCAAAGUCAAGAACAUUGAACCGCAAACGAUCCGAGCUGAACUGAGAAUGGGGAAAAUCCCAUCCUCCGGGGAGAAAAGGAACACACACACACAGACACACACACACACACACACACACACACGCAUGCACGCACGCACGCCACGGAUCAGUCCCUGAUGAGAGUUGUCUAGUUUCAACCGAGCCCCUUUGGCUUCAAAAGCGUUCAUUCAUUCCUCACCCUCUCGCUCUCCUCUCUAACUUUUUGUCGGGCUUAGAGGGCAGAAAGGCGCUGUGGGAGAACUGUGGUCAGCGAGAUACCAGCCAAUCAACUCCUGUCUAGGGGUCCUGAGACCCAGGAGGGUGGAGAAAUAGUUUACUCUUAGUCCAGACCUGACAGACUUCUCAGCAGAGCUGGUGAGCUCCAGGAAAGGGAAAAGGGUGUGUUUGUGAGAUCAGUGACUAACUUCAAGUCAGCAUGUGAACAGAGCGACUACAUUUCCAAGGUCGCAGGCAUAGUAAACAGAGGAGGAGUUACUUCUCCUAAUAGAAACAAGGAAGAAACUGUGCAAGAGGGGCCGAUUUAUUAUCAUUCCAGUUCCAUUUCAACAUUCCUACAGGGGAAACAGGAAAAGCACAAAGAGGAGAUUUCAACGAUGGCCAAGUUGACAGAAUCCAUGACUAAUGUCCUGGAGGGUGACUCCAUGGACCAGGAUGUUGAGAGCCCUGUGGCCAUUCACCAGCCAAAGUUGCCUAAGCAGGCCAGGGACGACCUGCCAAGACACAUCAGCCGAGACCGGACCAAAAGGAAAAUCCAGAGGUACGUGCGGAAAGAUGGAAAGUGCAAUGUCCACCACGGCAACGUGAGGGAGACCUAUCGCUACCUGACCGAUAUCUUCACCACCUUAGUAGACCUCAAGUGGAGAUUCAACCUGUUGAUUUUUGUCAUGGUUUACACAGUGACGUGGCUCUUUUUUGGAAUGAUCUGGUGGCUAAUUGCAUACAUCCGAGGAGACAUGGACCACAUAGAGGACCCUUCAUGGACUCCUUGCGUCACCAACCUCAAUGGGUUCGUCUCUGCUUUUUUAUUCUCCAUAGAGACAGAAACCACCAUUGGUUAUGGCUAUCGGGUCAUCACGGACAAGUGCCCAGAGGGAAUUAUUCUCCUCUUAAUCCAAUCUGUUUUGGGGUCCAUUGUCAAUGCAUUCAUGGUGGGAUGCAUGUUUGUAAAAAUAUCACAACCCAAGAAGAGGGCAGAGACCCUGGUUUUUUCCACCCAUGCAGUGAUCUCCAUGAGGGAUGGGAAACUGUGCCUGAUGUUUCGCGUAGGGGAUCUGAGGAAUUCCCACAUCGUGGAGGCUUCCAUCAGAGCUAAGUUGAUCAAAUCCAAACAGACCUCAGAGGGGGAGUUCAUCCCCUUGAACCAGACGGAUAUCAACGUAGGGUAUUACACCGGCGAUGACCGUCUCUUUCUGGUGUCACCACUCAUCAUUAGCCACGAAAUUAACCAACAGAGUCCUUUCUGGGAGAUCUCCAAAGCCCAGCUGCCCAAAGAGGAACUGGAAAUCGUGGUCAUCCUAGAAGGCAUGGUGGAAGCUACAGGGAUGACAUGCCAAGCUCGAAGCUCCUACAUCACUAGUGAGAUCCUCUGGGGGUACCGGUUCACCCCUGUCCUGACGCUGGAGGACGGGUUCUACGAAGUCGACUACAACAGCUUCCACGAGACCUACGAGACCAGCACCCCAUCUCUCAGUGCCAAAGAGCUGGCCGAGUUAGCCAGCAGGGCUGAGCUGCCCCUGAGCUGGUCCGUCUCCAGCAAACUCAACCAACACGCAGAACUGGAGACUGAGGAGGAAGAAAAGAACCCUGAGGAGCAGACGGAGAGGAAUGGUGAUGUGGCGAAUCUAGAGAGCGAAUCCAAAGUUUAGUCCCCUGGCUGGGCCACCCCUUCUCCUCUCUGCCCACAACCUUCCCUUGUCUCUCAUUCUCUUUCUUUUCUGUCUCUCUUACUUUGUUCUUUCCUUAUAUUGAAGUUUGGCAUUACCAGAAAACAAAUCUUCAAGGUGUAAAAUAUCUACCUGCCCUCUCAGUUAUUCAGAUUGACAAGGCAGAUUCAGAUUGGGUUAAGAUGUCAUGUGCCCUCAUUUGUGACCCAAGCCUGGUCUCCUCCCUGAAUACGACACAUCCAAGUCCUAGAGAUUUCUGCUACUUACCUGCAUGUGUUGUACAAUACCAGAUCACUCAAAAGAGUGCAUCAAAGAGUUUACCUGGGAUAUGAUGAGGAAGGUCUCUGGUGCCUAUUCAUUCAUGCAGUGAGACAUAGAGUUGAGCCCUCAGUUUUAUACAUCUCAAUAAAUUUCAUCUACAGGGCGAGGUGCUUGCCCUCUGCGGGCAUUGCAUUUAUAGGACCCAGGUGAGGUAAUGACAAAAUACUGUACAUAUAUAUGCCUUAUGUAAUUAUUUUCUUUUGCAGUUAGUAAUAAAACCCAGCAUGUACAAAAGUACUGUAGAACAAAACUUCUAAAUAAUGUACAUAGAUGUAAAAUUAAUGUAGGUUUAGAUAUAUAACUUUAGAAAUAAGAUUAAAAGAAAAAAAAAGGAUUCCCAAAGUACAGUAGGCAUUUCUGUUCUGAUGUCCUGUUUUCUGGAUUUCUUUGGUCCCAUUGACCGCUGGCCCUUUAGUGCAUGGCCUUUGCUCCGUGUCCCAGACUGGCAGCCGUUUGGGUACCUCACUGUUCCCUUUAAUUGAAUCUAAUAAGCCAUAGGUCUGGGAGAAGUUUGGAGGUUCAGUAGAUGGCAAAACACACCACCAGUAUGCUGAUAUACUGUGAAAUGUUUACAAAACUGAGGUAAGUAACAAGACCUCACUGACUAGCCUGGGGCAGAAUUUCAGGAGGAGGACAUGCUCUGGCAUGUCACCAAUGAUGUGUGUUUUUUGGUUUUGUUUUGUUUUUGUUUUCUGACACACCUCGUA